UUUCGUCCUCUGUGCUUCGAAACCCUAGCCGAACGACAGGCCAAUCUUAACAGUUAAAUCUUCAUGGCGCCGAAGAAGGAAAAAGCCCCCCCUCCGUCGUCCAAGCCAGCCAAGUCCGGCGGUGGAAAGCAGAAAAAGAAGAAGUGGAGCAAAGGAAAGCAAAAGGAGAAGGUGAACAACAUGGUUCUAUUUGACAAGGCGACGUACGAUAAGCUUCUUUCUGAAGCUCCAAAGUUCAAGCUCAUCACUCCUUCCAUCUUGUCAGACAGAUUAAGGAUUAAUGGGUCGUUGGCAAGAAAGGCGAUCAAGGAUUUGAUGGCAAGAGGUGCUAUUAGAAUGGUAUCCGCUCAUGCUAGCCAACAAAUUUAUACCAGGGCCACAAAUACUUGAGAUUUAGCAAGGCAUGAUUUCUGGUUCUGUUUCUAGAACAAAAGUUUCUUUCAGAAUUAAGAACUUACAUUUGUUUUCUUCGUUUACUAUGCUAUAUUGUGAAAACCGGCACUAAUACCGAGUCAGAUGUAGUCUUUUCUUAUAUUCUAGUAGUUGUUAGUACAGCGUUCUGUGUCACC